AUACAGACGUUGCUGACGGUGACGAUUUUUUUUUUAGACUUUAUGGCUUUAUGGCUCAUAUUUACGAAACCUCAUAUAUCGACCCGUUUAAUAGGGGUUUUCAGAGCGACUUCAGAUACAUAUGGCAAUGUCCCAGGGCGUUUUUAGACGACACCAGUGCACCUUGAUAGAAAAGCGGAUCGCACUCCAUAUUCGAAGAAUUGUUAAUUGUUAAUGAUAAUAAUGAAACGAACAUCGUCUCUUAGUGGUCCGUGCAAGAAUGAAGCUAAAGUCGCACGGUAUGGAUGCUACUUCAACGGAGAACGCCAUGAGGCAACCUAGGGUUCCGCCCUCCUGCAGCAAAGAACUGAUAGGCGGGAUCGUCGUGAAAUCAGGAAGACGAUUGGUCCGUUCAACAUGUCAAUCUGUUUUUCAGCUCAUUCAUUGGCUUCAAAACACCGCCAUCGGCUUCUGCGACAAAAUCUGACGUUUGUAAUGUCAUUGUGUGGCCUGCUGUUAAAUUUAUUGGUGGUUACACAGCUAGAUAGAAGAUUAACGUGUCCAGCACCGGGUGUUUCGGUUUAAAACAACAACAACAACAGUGUUGUAUUUACCCAGCUUUAACUGCUCUAGCGCGGGAAGAAAUGUCAAUGAAUUUAUUCGCCCGUGGAUUUCCUAUAAUUUCCCGGACCAUGUAGAAUUAUUUUGGAAAUACAGUAGCUUACGUUAGCAAGAAUAAAGAUUUGCCUUGAGCGCCGUUGCAUCACGAUCCAUCUGGCUGUUCUUCAGGCGUCCUUAUUUUGAGGCAAUUCUGUCAUAAAUACUUAGGUUUGGUAUAAAGCUAGGCAUUUUAGCGAGCUAGAUUUAUCGUUGGUUUAUUUAAAGGUAUUUAACGAUACUCAUCGAUUUACACGGGGCGGGAUAAUAACUGAACUGGGAUGGACAAUGCCCAUACAAAGACGGUCGAGGAGGUGCUGGGUUAUUUUGGGGUGAACGAGUCAACAGGUCUGAGCAGUGAGCACCUGAGGAAGAACAGGGAACGAUGGGGACCCAAUGAAUUACCGGCAGAGGAAGGAAAAUCACUGUGGGAACUGGUGCUGGAGCAGUUUGAGGAUCUCCUUGUGCGGAUUUUGCUUCUUGCAGCAUGUAUUUCCUUUACUCUGGCUUGGUUUGAGGAGGGCGAGGGCACCAUCACCGCCUUCGUGGAGCCUUUUGUCAUCCUUCUCAUACUUAUCGCCAAUGCUAUUGUGGGAGUAUGGCAGGAGCGUAAUGCAGAAAAUGCCAUUGAGGCGCUAAAAGAAUAUGAACCGGAAAUGGGGAAAGUGUACAGACAGGACAAGAAGAGUGUACAGAGAGUGCGAGCCAGAGAUAUUGUGCCUGGAGACAUUGUGGAGGUGGCAGUUGGUGAUAAGGUUCCAGCGGACAUCAGGCUGACCUCCAUUCGUUCCACUACUCUGAGAGUGGACCAGUCCAUUUUGACAGGAGAGUCUGUCUCUGUGCUCAAACACACGGACCCUGUACCCGAUCCACGUGCUGUCAACCAGGACAAGAAAAACAUGCUCUUUUCUGGCACGAACAUCGCAGCAGGCAGAGCAAUAGGUGUUGUAGUGGCCACUGGUGUGCAGACAGAAAUCGGAAAAAUCAGGGAUGAGAUGGCAUCCACGGACCCAGAAAGAACUCCUUUACAGCAGAAACUGGACCAGUUUGGGGAGCAGCUCUCCAAGGUGAUCACGGUGAUCUGUGUGGCAGUAUGGGGCAUUAACAUUGGCCACUUCAGUGAUCCUGUGCAUGGGGGCAGCUGGCUGAGGGGGGCGGUGUACUACUUCAAGAUCGCCGUGGCUUUGGCUGUAGCCGCCAUUCCAGAGGGUCUUCCUGCGGUCAUUACCACCUGCCUGGCGCUGGGCACACGGCGGAUGGCGAGGAAGAACGCCAUCGUGCGCUCUCUGCCCUCCGUGGAGACACUGGGCUGCACCUCUGUCAUCUGCUCCGACAAAACGGGCACGCUCACCACCAACCAGAUGUCCGUGUGCAGGAUGUUUGUGGUGGAUGUUGUUACGGGUGAGAGGUGUGCUCUGAAUGAAUUCACAGUGACUGGAUCUACCUAUGCACCCGAAGGGGAAGUAUAUAAGGAAGGAGUAUUGGUGCGCUGUAGUCAGUAUGAAGCCCUGGUGGAAAUGGCCACCAUCUGUGCCCUCUGCAAUGAUUCUUCUCUAGACUACAAUGAGAGUAAAUGUGUGUAUGAGAAGGUGGGCGAGGCAACAGAGACCGCUCUGUGCUGUUUAGUGGAGAAGAUGAAUGUGUUUGACACAGACUUGAGGAGUCUCACACCUGCAGAGAGAGCUACUGCCUGCUGUGUGGUGAUAAAGCAGUUACUGCGGAAGGAGUUGACUCUGGAGUUCUCCCGAGAUCGGAAGUCCAUGUCGGUCUUCUGCUCUCCUAACAAGUUGACCCGCUCUACCUCUGGAGCCAAGAUGUUCAUUAAGGGGGCACCAGAGAGUGUGUUGGAGCGUUGCAACUGGAUUCGGGUCGGGGGAGGUGCACGAGUGCCUUUGACCUCUGGCCUUAGGGAGCAGCUAUUAGGCACAGUGAGAGAGUGGGGUUCAGGGCGCGACACCCUGCGCUGUCUUGCUAUGGCAACCAGAGACUUCCCUCCUGACCCUCGAACACUGAACCUGGAGAACACCUCUGCCUUCUCAGAGUAUGAGUCGGACCUGACGUUCGUCGGGUGUGUGGGGAUGUUGGACCCUCCCAGGAAAGAGGUACUGAAUGCAGUGCGCAUGUGCAGGCAGGCUGGGAUACGUGUCAUCAUGAUUACUGGUGACAAUAAAGGCACGGCGCUGUCGAUCUGCCGCCGAGUUGGCAUCAUCACAGAGCAGGAGGAAGAGGAGGCCGAGGGCGCGCCCUUUGGUGGUGGUUUGACCGGACGCGAGUUUGACGAGUUGCCCCCCCACCUGCAGCGGCAAGCGUGCCGAACAGCCCGCUGUUUCGCCCGCGUCGAGCCCACCCACAAGAGUCGCAUCGUAGAAUAUCUACAGAGCCUCAGUGAUAUCACGGCUAUGACGGGUGAUGGGGUGAACGAUGCCCCUGCUCUUAAGAAGGCUGAGAUUGGGAUCGCCAUGGGGUCAGGCACGGCAGUGGCUAAGUCGGCCUCAGAGAUGAUUCUGGCAGAUGACAACUUCUCCACCAUAGUGGCGGCAGUGGAGGAGGGUCGAGCCAUCUACAACAACAUGAAGCAGUUCAUUCGCUAUCUCAUCUCCUCUAACAUUGGAGAGGUGGUCUGUAUUUUUCUGACUGCCGCUCUGGGCAUGCCUGAGGCUCUCAUCCCUGUCCAGCUGCUGUGGGUGAACCUGGUGACAGAUGGCUUCCCAGCCACUGCCCUGGGCUUCAACCCCCCUGACCUGGACAUCAUGUCCCGCCCCCCGCGCUCCCCCAGGGAGCCCCUCAUCUCUGGCUGGCUCUUCUGCAGAUACCUCAUCAUUGGCUGUUAUGUGGGGGUUGCUACUGUGGGUGCUGCAGCGUGGUGGUUCAUGGCAGCACAUGAUGGACCCAAACUCUCUUUCUAUCAGCUGUCUCAUUAUCUGCAGUGCAGUGAGGGACACGCUGACUUCGCAGGUGUUCAGUGUUCGGUAUUUGAGUCACCCUACCCAAUGACUAUGGCGCUGUCAGUGCUGGUCACCAUAGAGAUGUGCAAUGCUCUUAACAGCCUGUCUGAGAACCAAUCGUUGCUGAAGAUGCCUCCUUGGGCAAAUCCAUGGCUAGUGGGAGCUAUCUGUCUUUCCAUGGCCCUGCAUUUCCUUAUCCUCUAUGUUGACCCACUGCCUAUGAUUUUCCAGAUCAGACCAUUGUCGUGGCCACAAUGGGUGACCGUCCUGAAGAUGUCCCUGCCUGUGAUCCUGAUGGAUGAAGCACUCAAAUUCUUGGCCAGGAACUACAUUGAGCCUAGCAAUGUUUUGGAGCAGGAGGACAGACUGCAUCAUCUCCAUGACUACAGGGAGAGUAGGGAAUAUGGAGGCUUGAUCGGAAAGCUACGUCGAUCUCUGAAGGGCGUGUCCUGGGCAUUCGUGUUAAUCUCUGCUCCCCUGUUGGUCUGGAUCUACAGUCUGGACUCUGACAUCACCAAUAUCUUCUGGGAGUAAAAAGAGGGAGGGUAAGUAAGAGUGAGGGAAAGCUUGAACAAGAGAUAGAAGCAAGUGUGAU